CCUAGCUUCAUUAAACUAGUUCUCUCUCUCUCUCUCUCUUUCAUAUUUCACCUGACAAAAAUCUUGGGUUCAACUACUAAAAAUGGCAGCAAAACGGAUUCAUAACUUCGCCGGAGACGACGACGACGAAGUUAUGAUCAUGCCCAACUCCAACCAGCAGCCAAACCCUAAACGGAUCAGACCUUCUUUGGCUUCUGUGAUCAAAGAAGUGGUGACGAUGAAAUGCUUAGAGAACUUCUGCUCAGCUGCCUUGGAACCAAUGGUUAGGAAAGUGGUGCAAGAAGAGGUGGAGAAUGCGGUGAGGCGACUUUGUUCGCCAUCACCGGCGAUGAUUUCAUCAUCGUCUUUGCUGAAAACCCAUAAUAGCUGCCAUGGCCGACCACCAGCCCUAAGUCUAAUUUUCCGGCAGAAACUGGCCGUUCAGAUCUUCACCGGAACCAGGAUUCUGACGGAGGACGGCGCCACCCCCCUCGAGAUCAUGCUGGUGGACACGAGCGGCGGCAGCGGACUAAUCCCCGCCGCCCUCCCCUUUCCGAUCAAGCUCGAGGUGGUUGUCCUCGACGGCGACUUCCCCCCAGACGGAGAAGUGGCGGGGCCGUGGACUACCCACGAUUUCAACAAGAAUGUCGUGAAGGAACGCACCGGAAAGCGGCCGUUGCUCGCCGGAGACUCGUUUGUGAGCAUGACGGAUGGCUCGGCUCAUCUCUCCAACAACGUUGAGUUUACCGAUAACUCGAGCUGGAUCCGGUGCCGGAGGUUCAGGCUGGGAGCUAGAGUUGUGCACGCCGGAAACGCCGCCGGAGGACAAAGUGUUGAUAUCAGAGAAGCCAUAACUAACUCUUUCAUGGUCAAAGAUCACCGCGGCGAGUUGUACAAAAAACAUUACCCACCAGCACUAGAUGAUGAUGUGUGGCGACUAAAGAAUAUUGGGAAAGAUGGAAAGUUUCAUAAAAAACUCGCCUCAAAUGGCGUCAACACAGUGCAACAUUUCUUGCAGCUCUCUGAGAUUGAUUGCAACAAGCUCAGAAGUAUAUUAGGAGGUGGGAUGUCAGAGAAAAUGUGGGAUGUAACUUAUAAACAUGCAAGCACUUGUGAGAUAGGCAGUAAAUUGUACAUAUCACAAGGGGACAACUACACUCUUUUCCUCAAUCCCAUUUGCCAAGUUGUUAGGGCUAAUAUUGAUGGCCAAAUUUAUGCUUCUGCCUAUAACCACUUAACCAUCCACCAAAAGGGAUACAUGGCGAAUUUGGUUAAGAAUGCGUAUCUAAAUUGGAGUUCCUUACAAGAGUGUGAUGUAGUCCAUGAGCCAGCAUUACUAACCCAAGGGGAGUUGAUAGAUGAAUACCCGAAUACUCAUCAACAGACAAUAACAAGGGUUUGCACUGAUGAAGCUGAAGAGUUUUUCAACAGACUUUGACCUGUGUGCCCUGGAAAAGUCCAAGUACAAAAUGGUAUAAAUUAAAACGUAGUCCAAUGGUGAUAGAUACAACAACGUAACUUGAACUACUCGUAAAGUCCUAUGUUUAAUAGGUCGGAAUUUGUGGCACGUAAACUCUGUUGCUGGAGUCAUUAUCAUUAAAUUAUGAGUAGUAUUCUAUUAUGUUUGUUGUACCAUCCAUUGUGCACAACUUAUUACUUGUUAUUAGUUUCAGUUUUGCCAGUAAUAAUAGUUAUUUGAAUAUGACUUA